AUGGACAGAUUUAAUGUGAUGGCAGGCGAUACAGACCUGUUGUCGGAUCGCUCUGAUAAAUUGUGUGCUAUUUGUUCAUCCAGCAUAAGAAAAAGUGGUGUAAAGUGUGCAAAUGAUAAAUGUGAUGUUGUAAUUCAUACCAAGUGUUUUGAAGCAGUUGCAAAGGUGUUUUUAGCAGAUAGAUGGGAGUGGCAAUGUAAGUCAUGUCUACUUAAUAAUGAUGGUCAUUCUAAAUCGGACAAUUUGCCCGACCUUAAACAAAAAGUAAUAUUUCUUGAAUAUAUAAAACGAGAAAAUAAAAACUUAAACGAUCUCAUUGAAGAACUAAAAUUAAAUAAUAAUCUACUAAAAGAUAAAAUCAACUCAUUCGAGAAACAUGCCGCACCGAUGUCGAACUUUUUUGCUCCUAGUACGAACAGUUCUGCUUUUUACAGCGAUGUUGCAAAAAAACCAGUGACUAAUUCUCAAUUACCUUCUUCUAGUCUGAUAAUAAAAAGUACUAAUAAAGGAAACUUCAAAACUGAUAAUAUAUUAGAAGAUAUUCAAAAACAUAUUAACCCAGUUAAUUUAAAUGUAUGCAUAAAUAAUACGAAGAAAACGAAAAAUGGUUUAGUGAUUAAUUGUAAUAAUGAAUCGUCCCUAGAAAAAUUAAAAGUGUUAAUUAAUAAAGAAUUCGGUUCCAAAUAUGCUGCUAGUGUCCCUACGAAAUUUAAUCCACGCCUAAUUAUUAAAAACGUGGACGUAGAUGAAAAAGUUUCUCAUGAAGAAAUUGCUGAUAAUAUUUUCUCCCUAAAUGAAGUGGAUACAUUCACAGCUUCGGAUCUUAAAAUACUCUUAGCCAAAUCUCCACAAAUCUGUUUGCCAAAUUGCACCUUAGCCCCACAACAAUAUGCAUUCAGUGCUACUUCAGAAAUCCCACUUCUGAAAAUUCCAACUACCACUAUAACGUCUACAGUUCCCAAAGCUAACUGCUGGGCCUGGUUCCAGCCAUUACCAGUUAAGAGUUAA